AUGGGAAGAUCUUAUUCAGUUUCUGAUCUUAAAUUUAUUAAACCUUCAACCCUUUACUCAUGGUUUAAAGGUGGGAGUCCCGGUAAAUUUGCCGUGGUAGAUGUAAGAGAUUCCGAUUAUGUCGGAGGUCACAUCAAAGGGUGUUAUCAUUAUCCCGCAGGUAAUUUUGAAGAGACUUUACCAGACUUGAGGAAAAGAUUGAUGCAAGAUGGUGUACAAGACGUGAUAUUCCAUUGUGCAUUAUCACAGGUUAGAGGUCCAUCAUCAACUUUGAGGUUUUUAAGAUCUUUAAAUGAUGUCAAAGACCCUAAGCAGAUCGAAUUCUUCAAUCAAUUGAGUGUUUGGGUUUUGAAUGGAGGUUUUACCAAAUGGCAGGAGAAGUAUGGGGAUGACAAAUCUGUAACCGAAGGUUACGAUAAGGAGAUUUGGCAAAUUUAA